AUGCAAAAACAGAAGUUUCAGAAGAGGUUCAUUAAAAAGAAAAGGCAAGUAAAUGGUAAUAGUCGAACAAUUUUCUCUAUCAUUGACCUCCUGGUGGACAAUGAAUGGGUUUUAGCAAGUGCCUCCCACCCCUGCCCCAGGGAGAAUAUAUUUAGACACUCAAGCCAAACACAAGGAAGGCUGGCAUUGAACAAAUUGCCUUUGAAUUGGCCUUCCCUUCUUCUGCUGAUGCCAGUGAUGUUCUGCUUUGAGUCUGCCAGUGGCGGGCAGGUGCUGGUGGUACCCAUGGAGUACAGCCAUUGGAUGAACGUGAAGGUGAUCCUGGAAGAGCUCGUGCACAGAGGCCACGAGGUCACUGUGCUGACAUCCUCGGCGGCCACCGGUGUGGAGUUUGGAAAGCCAUCCCCUUUUAAAUUUGAGAUUUUCACCAGGUCUUUGAAUACAAAGGAGUUAGAAAGUCUUUUAAAAGUGCACAUUGAAGAAUGGACCUAUGAGUUCCCCAAAUACUCAGCCUGGAAAUUUUAUUCAAGACUACAAAGCCUGUUUGCAGAAUAUUCUGAUAUUUUUGAAAUGCUCUGCAAAGACAUGGUUUUGAACAAGAAACUAAUGCAAAGGCUGCAGGCGUCGAGGUUUGACGUCCUGCUGGCAGACCCUUUCUUUCCCUGCGGGGAGCUGCUGGCUGAGCUCCUGAACAUUCCCUUUCUGCACACUCUGCGCUUCACUCCCGGGAGCCAAUAUGAGAAGCACUGUGGAGGACUUCCCUUCCCUCCCUCCUACGUGCCUGUCGCUCUGUCUGAGCUCACUGAUCGAAUGACAUUCAUGGAGAGGGUGACAAAUAUGAUGACCGGGAUUUUUUUCGACUACUACUUUCAAGCAUUUAAUGAGAAGAAGUGGAAUCGGUUUUAUAGUGAAGUUCUAGGAAGACCCACUACAAUACUUGAGCUCUUGGCCAAAGCUGAUAUAUGGCUCAUUAGAACUUCCUGGGAUUUGGACUUUCCUCGCCCACUCUUACCAAAUUUUGAAUUUGUGGGAGGACUCCAUUGCAAACCUGCCAAACCUCUGCCUGAGGAAAUGGAAAAGUUUGUCCAGAGCUCUGGAGACCAUGGUGUUGUGGUGUUUUCUCUGGGGUCAAUGGUCGGUAACCUGUCAGAAGAACGAGCCAAUACAAUUGCAUCAGCCCUUGCACAGAUUCCACAGAAGAUUUUAUGGAGAUAUGAGGGCAACACACCAGAUACAUUAGCACCCAACACUCAGCUGUACAAGUGGAUCCCCCAGAAUGACCUCCUUGGUCACCCAAAAACCAAGGCCUUCAUCACCCAUGGUGGCACCAAUGGUGUCUAUGAAGCCAUCUACCAUGGCGUCCCGAUGGUGGGCAUUCCUCUGUUUGCGGAUCAGCCUGAUAACAUUGCCCGGGUGAAGGCCAAGGGAGCAGCUGUAAGACUGGACUUCACCACGUUUUCAAGUAAAGAUCUUCUCAAUGCCUUGAAGGCCGUCAUUCACAACCCUUCCUAUAAAGAAAACGCAAUGAGGUUAUCGAGAAUUCACCACGAUCAGCCCGUGAAGCCCCUGGACCGAGCUGUCUUCUGGAUCGAGUUUGUCAUGCGCCACAAAGGAGCCAAGCACCUCCGCCCAGCUGUCCACGACCUCACCUGGCUCCAGUACCACUCUCUGGAUGUCAUUGGCUUCCUGCUGGCCUGCGUGGCUGCUGUCAUCUUCAUCUUCACACGAUGCUGCCUCUUUUGUUGCCGCAAGCUCACUAAAAGUGGAAAAAAGAAAAGAGCCUAA